AUGUUGGCAGCGAUAGCGAAAACAGUCAUCCCUACACCAAUACCCCCGUCAUACCAGGCAAAAACAGGGAAAAAAGUCACACCUCCCCCAAUAGCCCCAUCAUACCAGGCAGAAACAGGGAAAAAAGUCACACCUCCCCCAAUAGCCCCAUCAUACCAGGCAGAAACAGGGGAAAAAGUCACACCUCCCCCAAUAGCCCCCUCAUACCAGGCAGAAACAAGGAAAAAAGUCACACCUCCCCCAAUACCCCCAUCAUACCAGGCAGAAACAGGGAAAAAAGUCACACCUCCCCCAAUACCCCCAUCAUACCAGGCAGAAACAGGGAAAAAAGUCACACCUCCCCCAAUAGCCCCAUCAUACCAGGCAAAAACAGGGAAAAAAGUCACACCUCCCCCAAUACCCCCAUCAUACCAGGCAGAAACAGGGAAAAAAGUCACACCUCCCCCAAUAGCCCCAUCAUACCAGGCAGAAACAGGGAAAAAAGUCACACCUCCCCCAAUAGCCCCAUCAUACCAGGCAGAAACAGGGAAAAAAGUCACACCUCCCCCAAUAGCCCCGUCAUACCAGGCAAAAACAGGGAAAAAAGUCACACCUCCCCCAAUACCCCCAUCAUACCAGGCAGAAACAGGGAAAAAAGUCACACCUCCCCCAAUAGCCCCAUCAUACCAGGCAGAAACAGGGAAAAAAGUCACACCUCCCCCAAUAGCCCCAUCAUACCAGGCAAAAACAGGGAAAAAAGUCACACCUCCCCCAAUAGCUCCAUCAUACCAGGCAGCGACAGUGAAAACAGUCAACCAUACCCAAUACCACCAUCAUACCAGGCAGAAACAGGGAAAACAGUCAUCCCUACCCCCAUCAUAUCAGGCAGCGAUAGCGAAAACAGUCACCCCUACCCCAAUACCCCAGUCAUACUGGGCAGCAAAAGUACAAACAGUCACCCCUAUUCAUGAUUUAUUUUAA